AGGCUCAGUGCCCGCCGGGAGCCGGGGUGGGUGGGGGCUCGGGCACGGGAGACAUGGCGCUGGCCGGGGAUGGAGAGGGGCCGCAGCCCGAGCCCGAGCCCGAGCCCGAGCCCACGCUGGUGCUGUACCACUGGACCCAGUCCUUCUCCUCGCAGAAGGUGCGCUUGGUAAUUGCUGAAAAAGCACUAAAAUGUGAGGAACAUGAUGUUAAUCUACCGCUGAGUGAGCACAAUGAACCAUGGUUUAUGCGUCUUAAUUCAUCCGGUGAAGUCCCUGUUCUUAUCCAUGGAGAAAAUAUUAUUUGCGAGGCAACACAAAUUAUUGAUUAUCUUGAAAGCACUUUUAUGAAUGAGAAAACACCAAGACUAAUGCCAGAAGAUGGAAGCAUGUAUUAUCCAAGAGUGCAGCACUAUAGGGAGCUUCUGGACUCCUUGCCAAUGGAUGCCUACACACAUGGCUGUAUUUUGCACCCAGAAUUAACUGUGGAUUCCCUGAUUCCAGCUUAUGCAACAACCAGAAUUCGUAGCCAAAUAAGUAACACAGAAUCUGAACUGAAGAAGCUUGCAGAAGAAAAUCCAGACCUCCAAGAUGCUUAUAUAGCAAAGCAGAAACGCCUUAAAUCUAAACUGCUGGACCAUGAUAAUAUAAAAUACCUAAAAAAAAUACUUGAUGAAUUGGAGAAAGUUUUGGAUCAGGUUGAGACUGAGUUACAACGGAGAAAUGAAGAAACACCAGAAGAGGGACACCAACCUUGGCUCUGUGGUGAAUUUUUCAGUUUGGCAGAUGUGUCACUUGCUGUUACAUUACAUCGUCUGAAGUUCCUGGGAUUAGCAAGACGAAACUGGGGAAAUGGAAAACGUCCCAACUUGGAAGCCUAUUAUGAGCGUGUCUUGAAGAGAAAAACAUUUAAUAAGGUUUUAGGACAUGUCAACAACAUAUUAAUCUCAGCAGUUCUGCCAACUGCAUUCCGGGUGGCCAAGAAAAGGGCACCAAAAGUUCUUGGCUCUACCUUGUUGGUUGGCUUCCUAGCAGGGAUGGGUUAUUUGGCUUUCAUGUGUCUUCGAAAGAGAUUUGCCAAUAUGAUGUUAUCAAUUAGAACACGACAAAAUUAUUUUUAGACUUGUGAGAGUCUUGGGAUAUCUUCUGUCCCCAGGGAAAUAUCUAAAACAAACAUAUAAGAAAGAUUAUGUCCAUGGACCAAAACAUUGUCACAGAAUAAUAGUCUCCUGCUGUUGAAGAAAUGUAUUGGCAAUGCUGAGCUGUUUGUGGAAAAUAAAUGUUGAGGGGAUAAGAGAGAAAAAGAAAUACUUUCUUUUCAAAGGAGGAGCUGUAGAUCCUGUGCCAAUGCUUUGUUAGAAUGACUAUUGUUUCUUACUCUUUUACCAAAUGACUGAUAUAAUUUUAGUACUUUUAAUUUAACAGAUAUUCAUGCAGAAACAUGGUAGGUUUCCACAGAGUGGGGAAAUUCAUUAGUGUGCACAGGACCAGGGUUCAAAUGGGAUCUAAAUUGCACCUGUACCUUAUGCUUUCUUCUACAAAGGAGUGAAUUUCACUGCCUACUGUAGAGACAAGGAUUUUUUAGGGUGAUAUCUUUUAUUGGCCCAACUGGGGUAGUCUUAGACAAGCUUUCAAAUGUAAGAAAUUCUUCUUCAGGACCCUCCCUAAGAAAUCCUUCUGUAUCACAUAAUUUCUGGAUGAUCCUGGCUACAAUAUGGUUAUACUCCCACUGUGUGGCAUACUGAUCAAGGACCAUUGAAUUUCUGUGGGACCACUAUGACUAGUUUAGAUAAAAUAACAUCAGUUUUUCACUGUAGGUUCACACUGUGGUACAGUUUAAUUUAUUUGAGAAGGAUUUAAAGGGCUAAAUCCUAUUUCACUUUAUUUAUUUACACACUUUUGGCACUUAACAUACAGUUUUGAAUCCAGUUUUGUUUCACCCUGUUGCAAAAUAGAUGUACCUGCUGGAAGCAGAGAAGAGGAGGACCUUCCUAUGGGUGAGCCAGUAGCCUAGAGGUUAGGGCAUUGCCCAGGGGGUAGGACCCAGAUUGUAGGCUCCCUUCUCUCAUAGAAGGUUUAAACCUGCAUCUUCUGUUUCCUAGCAAAGUGCUCUAACAAGCAGGCCACAGGUUAGGUAGUAGCCAGACCUCUUUCCAGUCAUCCCCUUCAAGCUGAGCCAUUGCACUUGUUCAUUUAAUAUUCUCUGGAUAAAGAUCAGUAGGGAAGUUUCUGCCCUUUUGGGAUCAUGGCUUCAGCCUAAAAUCCAGGCUCCCCUCCAAGACAAAGUAGCAUUCAUCCUACUGAGCUCACAUGUUCAAGCUUGUUCUUCCUGGCCCCACAUGCCUUAUUUUCUUGCCUGUCCAUGUGAUUGGUUUCAUGAGGAAGGCUGGAAAAGUCACCGGAUGAUAUCUAAUCUGCUGCCUCUUGUUUAGAGCACUGUGCUGGGAAGCAGAAAAUGCAGACUCAAAUCCCCUCUGGAAAAAAGGCGAGCUUUUUCACCACAGGCAAGUGCCCUAAUCGCAAGAGUUAAAACAUGGGAGAGGGGCAGAAGGACACAUUUUUCCAGCAUUUAGCACCUGCUAGUUGUGGGAUUUUGCCUGGCUACAAUUUCAGACCUUACCCAGCCUUUUACAUGUACAUCACCACAUACCUGUCUGCACAGAGUGCAUCUUUACUGAACAUCCUCACUUGCCUGCCCAGUGCUGAGUUGCAAACUGUAUGUAAGUGUUUAAAACUGCAGUUAUGUAGUUGUGUAUGUGCUAUUUAGCUGAAUAAAGUAAAAUGGAUUUAAGCCAAA